ACAUACCUCACAUCGCCACCGAGUGCCACGUCUGGAGCUGUUCUCAUGCAAUGUCUCCCUGUUCCAAAACUACCAAGUAACUUCAGUAUUUGACUAAACUCCUUCUCCAAGGAAACGAGGAAAGAUUUUCUGCUGAAAAUGUGGUUCAUUUCCAGUUACAGGGAUUCAGUUGCCAUCUGAGGAGUUUGCAAAAUGGAUCCAGAUAAACAAGAUGCUCUUAAUAGUAUUGAGAAUUCCAUUUAUAGAACGGCCUUCAAAUUACGAUCAGUGCAAUCUCUAUGCCAAUUGGACUUGAUUGACAGUUCUCUCAUCCAACGCUUCCUGCUUGAUCAAAGUCUCUGGGAAGUGAAAGCAGGCUGCCUCUCAGUACAGCAGCUCUCCCAGGCACUUCAGGAGCUGUUUAGACAAGCCAGGCUGGAAAGGCCAGGACAGGUGCAUCCCAGAGCGUCGGACCUCACCUUGAGCCUUCUCAUGGCCCUGUACGACAGCACAGGAACAGGUUUUCUCAAGCGGGUGCCUGCAGCCGCAGCCCUAACAGCCCUCGCGAGCGACUGCCCUCUCACUAAGUACAGAGCUCUUUUUCAGCUCUAUGCAGAAAAUAACAGGGGAGGUUAUGAUUCUGGAGCCCGUAUGACCCGAAGGGCUUUGAGAAGCCUCCUAACAGAUCUGCAACAGAUCCCGACUGUGGUGGGGGAGAGUCGGGCUUCCUGCUCUGUGGAAAGCGCUAUCCGCAGCUGUUUCCAAGGGGUAUUGAGCCCAGCCAUCAAAGAAGAAAAAUUCCUCUCUUGGUUACAGACUGAGCCUCCCAUCCUUCUGUGGCUCCCGACCUGCUACAGAUUAUCUGCCACGGAAAUGGCCACUCACCCUGUGUGCUGUGGUAUCUGUAGGACCUUCCCGAUCACAGGACCUAGAUUCCGCUGUCUGAAGUGCCUCAACUUUGACAUCUGCCAGGCCUGUUUCUUAGCUGGUCUUAACAGCGAGUCCCACCAGAAGUCUCACCCCGUGAUUGAGCACCGUGUCCAGAUGUCAGCAAAGGAGAACACUAAACAACUCCUCAGGUCCCUCAGAAACAACCUGCUCCAAAGACGCUGUAGGAGAGAAGCCGCGAGAAAGAACUGGCUGCCCGGCUCAGUGAACGCAAAGGGCGUAGUUAAACCCGCACCUGCCGCCUCUAAAUUACCAAUGUAUGGAAGUCCAACUGGGCCAGCAGCCACAGAGGAUGCCAAACAAAGAGUUCAAAGGAUAUCUCAGGCUCACCAAGUCAAGGACGGCCGCCCACAUCAUCUGACCAUAGUUAGUAUUAGGAAUGAACUGUGGAGGACUCGUAAAUCCAUUACCGCUCUCCAUAAGGAAAGAAGGCUCCUUAAAAAACAGUUAAACCGAUACAAAGACAAGUUGCAAGCCAUAUAUGCCUCCCAGGAAGAAAGAAGCUACAGACUUGAAACUAAGAUUCAUGAACUCACAACCAACCAAGAUAGUCUGUGGAAUAAACUACAGCAGAUGGGACAGGACCUUCAGGCAAUGUUACAGCCAUUCCAUCCUUCAUCGUCUUCCUGUCUAAAUAUGAUUUCCAAGAGUGACCAUGGAAAAAGUAAAAACUUUUGUAGAGAAGGGGAUUCUUCUCAGAUCAAGAAUACCACUGAAAAUGGCUCAAAGUUGGAACCUCUUUCAAAUCACAACGUGAUUGACAAAAGUCACCCAAAUCAAGCAAAGGCAGAACUUGCUCUACCAAAGUCAGAAUCACCAGAGACCUUUUUACAACUAAGGUCAAGGCAGAACACAGGAGCUCAAAGCCCAACACAGAAGCCCUGGAAGACAAACUUAAUCUCCCUACCCAACUCCAAGGAAGUCCUGCCACAGGACACCUCCGGAAUUGCUCCUGCUGAAAUGAGUAGCCCUCAAAUAAUGCCUGCAGAAAGAAAAGAAGCAAUUCACACCCACCAGGAAGAGAAUGAGCUGAAGGAAGAGGAACUAAAGGAACUGUUGUCUAAACUUAUGGACGCCUUCACUCUCGAAAUGCCAUCAGGUCCUCAAUCUUCAGUAAACACAGAGUUGUAUUGUGGAGCUGACAGGGUAUGCAGGGCCUUCUCUGCCCUUGUUGAUCAAAUCACCUUCUCCAACUUGAAGUGAAAAGGAGUCCAGGUUGAAAGUACC